ACUUACUAAGUGGGGGAAUUACAGAUAGGCAGCAGGAGAGCUUAAACAAUAUUAAUUAGACAGACCCCUGAAGAAGCUUGUAAUAGCAUAUUUACAGCUGCCAGAGUAGGAUAAAGCUAGAUAUACUGAUUUAUUUUGAUAGAAAAAGUCAGGCAGGUGAGAGAAACAUUUUUAGACCAGUUUUUUUUUUUUUUUUUUUUUGCACUGGACAGAACCACAUUUUGUAGGGGGAAAUCUUCAUCUUUAUCUAGCAAUGCUUUUGAGGAACUCUGCACUGAAUUACAUUGAGGACACUGAUGAAAGCAUAGAAUACUUUUAUCCUCACUGAAUUCCUCCGGGCAAAAGGAUCCACUUUUCUUUUUUUUUUAAUCUUCAAAACCUCCAGCAGAGGUGCUGUAUUGACUAUCACCAUGUUGUCUAAAAGCUACUAUUUUACAGCAUCAUGGACGAAUUGUUGUCUUCUAGUUCUGUGCAUCUUGGAUGUAUGGACCACAGCCCAGCAGGCCCAGCCUCAGCUUCAGCGUCGCAGGUCCAGACAGAUGACAGCCCUGUCUUCGCUGUCAUCUGCUGGAAACUUGUCAGAAAGCGCCGAGAGCAAAGUGGAGCGCCUUGGUCUAGCAUUCAAGCGAAAUGUUAGGGAUCUGCGUGAGAAAAGCUCUUGUUUGGACCUGGUCUUUCUGGUUGACGAGUCAUCAAGCGUGGGGGCCAGCAAUUUCCAGAGCGAGCUCAGGUUUAUACGUAAGAUGCUAUCAGACUUCCCUGUUGCACCGGAGGACACGCGAGUGGCGUUGGUGACCUUUUCAUCCAAAACCCACGUGGUGACAAGGGUGGACCACAUCUCAGCGCCCAAGUCCCAUCAGAACAAAUGCUCCCUGUUCAACCAGGAGAUACCGGCCAUAAACUACAGAGGAGGAGGCACCUACACCAGAGGGGCUUUCCAGAGGGCAGCGCAAAUACUUCGUCACUCCCGUGGUAAUGCCACCAAGGUCAUUUUCCUCAUCACCGAUGGCUACUCCAACGGUGGAGAUCCUCGGCCGGUGGCAUUGGCUCUGAGAGAGCGAGGUGUUGAGAUCUUCACUCUGGGCAUCUGGCAGGGCAACAUCAGGGAGCUGCAUGACAUGGCCUCGCAGCCCAAAGACCAGCAUUGCUACCUGGUGCACAACUUUGCUGAGUUUGAGGCCUUGGCUCGCCGCGCUCUGCAUGAAGAUUUGCCUUCAGGUAGCUACAUCCAGGAUGAUGUGUCACGCUGCUCUUCACUGUGCGAGGCAGGCAUGGAUUGCUGUGAUGUGAUGGCCAGCUGCAAGUGCGGCACACACACUGGACAGUACGACUGCAUCUGUGAGAAGGGGUACUACGGCAAUGGUCUGCAGCAUGAAUGCACAGCAUGUCCACCUGGCACCUAUAAACCAGAAGGAAAGCCCGGAGGUCUGAGCACCUGCAUGUCGUGUCCCGACGCACAGCACACUUCUCAGCCUGGCAGCACCUCCCUUGAUGAUUGUGCCUGCAAGCCGGGCUAUCAGCCAGUAGGCAUGACCUGCCAGGUGGUAUAUUGCCCAGUGAUAUCCCCCCCAGAAAAUGGCUUUUUUGUACAAAAUGUGUGUAACAACCACUUUGAUGCUGCCUGCGGAGUCCGAUGCCAACCGGGUUUUGAGCUCCAGGGAACCAGCAUCAGACUGUGCCAGGCCAACGGGACCUGGUCUGGGACACCUGCCACAUGCAGAGUACGCUCCUGCCUGCCCCUGUCUCGCCCUCAGCAUGGCUCUCUGCGAUGCAGCGAUGGUGCUGCGUCCUACAAGGCAGAGUGUCAGGUGGGAUGUGACCGAGGCUACAGAUUAGAGGGAGACUCAACACUCACCUGUCAGGCCAACUCCCAGUGGAGUGGACCACUGCCUCGGUGUGUGGAGGUGCAUUGUCCCUCCAUCACGCCCAUGAAGAACAUCUUGCUGUCGCCCCCUGCCUGUGGGAAAAGAGCUGUGUCGCCAGGCUUCGUUUGCUUUCUCUCUUGUCGGAAAGGCUACAGUCUCCAGGGAAACAGAAAGGCGGUGUGCCUGGGCUCUGGGAACUGGACCGCUAAUGUCCAUAAAGCUGUCUGUGCAGAUACUGAACCACCAUGGCUCCAGUGCCCUGGAGACAUCGUUGCAGAAACAAGCGAGCGACGCAGCACUGCUGUUGUCAGCUGGAACAUCCCAGUGGCCACAGACAACUCUAAAGAACAGGUGGCCGUGCAAGUGAAACCAGUCUACAGUCCUCCUCAGCUCUUCCCGAUGGGAAAUGAAACCAUCACAUACAUUGCGACUGACCGCUCCACGAACCAGGCCAACUGCUCCUUUACAGUCACUGUCAUCGAUACGGAGCCUCCAGUCAUUGACAGGUGCAGGUCGCCGCCAACAGUCCAGACCACAAACACGGAGACGGCAGUCAUUUGGGAAGUACCCCAGUUUUCCGACAACUCAGGUGGUCGCUUCACAAUAACCAGCAGCCACAGUCCAGACUCACUAUUCCCAGUAGGACAAACUCUGAUCCAGUACACAGCAACAGAUGCAGCAGGAAAUAGCCGCACAUGCAACCUCACCGUAACUGUGCAAGGAACGACUUGUGACCGACCAUAUGUCCCAGUAAAUGGAGAGUUCAUCUGCUCUGAAGAAGAGGAGGGAGUUAACUGCACUCUUCACUGUAAGGAGGGCUAUAGCUUCACUCAGGAUGCCGUACACAGUUACUUCUGUGCCUACAAUGGCGUGUGGGAGCCUCCCUACUCUCCAAACAGACCUGACUGCUCAGUGAACCGAGUAGCAAACAAUGGGUUUAAACCCUUUGAGAUGCUAUUCAAAGCGUCCCGGUGUGAAGAUGUAGAUUUGGUUAAGUCAUUUACCGUGGAUUUCAACACCAAACUGGAAGGGAUGCUCCCCAACAUCUGCAGCAGCGAUAAUGUCACCUGUAAGCUCGAGAUGAUAUCGCAGGGCCACUGUCUGGAGUACAAUUAUGACUAUGACAAUGGAUUCUCAAUCGCUCCAGGGGGCUGGGGCAACAGCUGGGACCCUCAGGGCACCCAGGACUAUGCCUACUUUGAGUCGGGCUUUGCCACAGGCACCCGACAGCUUCCCGGCAGGCAACGAGACAGCAGAAUGCAACGUCUUCACCGCACAAAGAGGCACAGAAAGAUCAGAGGUCCCACUAGAGACCAGAAAAUCCAGAUCUAUUUCAACAUCUCAGCAAGCAUCCCUCUGCCGCUGUCGAGGAAUGACUCAAUAGAAGUGGCCAAUCAGAAGAGGCUCCUUCGGACCCUGGAGCAACUUACCAAUCGCCUGAAACGAACGCUGGCGAAGCAGCCGCUGUCCAGUUUCCACGUCUCCUCACAGAUGAUCGUAGCUGAUCCCAGAUCACUGGAGAGCAAGAGGGCGUCUCUGUUCUGCCGUCCGGGCUCAGUGCUCAAAGGCAGAAUGUGCGUGCAAUGUCCCGUGGGAACGUACUUUUCCCUGGAAUAUAAUGAGUGUGAGAGCUGCUGGCUGGGUUCUUACCAGGACCGGGAAGGUCAGCUGGAGUGUAAGUCCUGUGCUGAAGGAACCUCCACAGCUUACCUGCACUCUCGCAGCAUUGCUGAGUGUAAAGCCCAGUGUAAACCCGGUAGUCACUCUAUGAAUGGGCUGGAGAUCUGUGAGUCAUGCCCUCUGGGUCACUUCCAGACGGAUUUUGGCGCCAGGGAGUGUCUGAUCUGUCCUGACGACACAUCCACAGUCACCAGAGGAGCGGUGGAUGAGACAGAAUGUGGAGUUCCUUGCGCGUCAGGUCAUUUCUCUCGGACCGGUCUGGUUCCCUGCUACCCUUGUCCGAGAGAUUACUACCAACCUGAACAUGGCCGUUCUUAUUGCCUCUCUUGUCCCUUUUAUGGAACCACCACGAUUACUGGGGCCACCACCAUACAGCACUGCUCCAGUUUUGGCUCCAGCUUUCUUCCAAAGGAGGAGAGUGUAACCGCCGCUCCAGAAGUAGAGGUCGUUGAGGAUUACCAGGCCAGCAGUCAGGUUUUCCAUGAGUGCUUCCUGAAUCCAUGUCAGAAUAAAGGAACGUGUGAGGAGGUUGGGGCAGGUUAUGUCUGCACUUGCACACCUGGGUUCACAGGUGCCAAGUGUGAGAUUGAUAUAAAUGAGUGUGAUUCGGCUCCAUGCCAGAAUGGAGGUCUGUGCAGGGAUGGAAUAGGAGACUUUGAUUGCGAGUGCAAACCUGGAUUUUUAGGCUCUCUGUGUGAGGCAGAGGUAAAUGAGUGCACCUCCUCCCCCUGUCUGAAUGAAGGGAUGUGCGUGGAUGAAGUGAACAAGUUCACCUGCAGUUGUGCCGCUGGCUUUACAGGAUCUCGUUGUGAACUGGAAAUUGACGAGUGCCUGUCAAACCCGUGUUUGAACGGAGGUGUGUGUGAAGACUUGAUGGGUGGUUACAGCUGUAACUGUGCUCCUGGAUUCUCAGGCGAUCGCUGUGAGAUCAACGUUGAUGAAUGCUACAGCACCCCUUGUUUCAAUGGAGCCUCAUGUCUGGAUGGUGUGGAUAGUUUCAGGUGUCAGUGUGUGAACGGCUACCGCGGUUGGCUGUGUGAGGUAGAUGUGAACGAAUGCGAUCCUAACCCCUGUGUGAACGGGGCCAGCUGCAUGGACGGUCUCGGCUCCUACGUCUGCCGCUGCCUCCCUGGGUUCAACGGAACCAGGUGUGAGACAGAGAUGUCCUCUGCGUUCAACCUUGACUUUGAAGUCUCUGGUAUCCACGACUACGUGAUGAUGGACGCAUUGAUGCCGGCGCUGACAGAAAUCACCUGCACCUUCUGGAUGAGGUCGUCAGACACCACUAACUAUGGAACACCUGUCUCGUACGCUGUAGAGGCCAGCGACAACGCUUUCCUUCUGAUAGACUACAACGGGUGGGUGCUGUACGUGAAUGGUAAGGAGCGGAUCACAAACUGUCCUGCAGUGAAUACAGGGCAGUGGUACCACAUUGGUGUAUCAUGGAGGAGCUGGGAUGGCGACUGGAGAAUCUACAUUAACGGAAAGCCCUCAGACGGAGGCAAAGGCCUGUCAGUCGGCACUACUAUCCCAGCUGGAGGAGCACUCGUAUUAGGCCAGGACCAGGAUCAGAGGGGUGAAGGCUUCAGCCAUGUUGAAUCAUUUGUUGGCUCCAUCAGCCAACUCAACAUCUGGGACCGCGUUCUCACGCCGCAGCAGAUUAAGGUGUUGGCCAGCAGCUGCCCAGCCUCUCACGUGACUCACAGAGGAAACGUCUUCGCAUGGCCUGAUUUUCUUAGCGGGGUGGUGGGCCGAGUCAAAGUAAACUCAAACAGUAUUUUCUGUGCUGACUGUCCCAAGCUGGAGGACGCUAUGCCUCACCUGCAUGUCUCUACCGUGGAGGUGAGCCCCGGUGCACAAGUGCAGAUGUCCUGUGAUCCUGGUUUCUACCUGGUGGGGGAGCCAGUGCUGCAGUGCCAAAACAAAGGCGAAUGGAGCCACCCCUUACCCAGCUGUGAACGAGUGUCCUGUGGAUCUCCUCAUCCUCUGGAGAACGGCUUGUUUCAGGGGACGAACUUCCAAGCUGCCAGCUCGGUGGUCUAUCAGUGUAAUGCUGGUUUUUACCUGCUCGGAGAUGCCAAAGUGCACUGUAGCAACAGUGGCAAGUGGGGAGGGCAUGCACCUGCUUGUCUAGAUGUGGAUGAGUGUGCGCUGGGAUCAGACUGUGAUGUCCACGCCAGCUGUCUGAAUACCGACGGCUCCUACACCUGCACCUGCAUUCACCCCUACACAGGAGAUGGCAAAAACUGCACCGAGCCAGUCAAAUGCCAAAACCCUGGGUCUCCAGAAUUCGGUCACAGAGAAGACAGUAACUUUCUGAUGGGCAGUGUGGUUGGUUUUGGCUGCGAUCACGGUUACGAGAUGAUUGGCUCAUCGCAACUUCUCUGUCUGGAAUCAGGGACUUGGGAUCAUCCUGUUCCGUACUGUAGAGCGCUCUCGUGCCCGAUACCAACAGUUCCAGAAAACUCCAUCAUGCAGGGAACCAACUUUACUUAUGGAAGCAAGGUGACUUUCAGCUGUAAGAAGGGUUUCCUGCCUCAGAUCCCCUACGAUUUCCAGUGUCUGGUUAGCCUGAGGUGGAGUGGGACGCCACCUGUCUGUUAUCCGUUGACGUGCGGGGGGCCACCAGCUGUGGAACACGGAGACUACAUCCUUAAAACAAACACGUACCUGUCUACUGUUACAUAUGCCUGUGCUGAAGGGUACAGACCACAGGGCUCCAUGGAAGUGAUUUGUGAAGCGACAGGAGAGUGGAGCCGGCCUGUUCCUCGCUGUGUGAACAUCCUGUGCAGCGAACCGCCACCGCUUAAAGAUGCUGUGACUGUAGGAGAGAACUAUGAACUGGGAAACAAAGUGUACUAUGUCUGCAAAGAAGGUUAUACUCUGAUUGGCCCGGAGACCAGAGAAUGUCUCCGAACUGGUCAGUGGAGUGAAAGCUCGGCCCAGUGCGUCCCUCGCUCCUGUGGCCCGCCGCCUGCCAUUGACCAUGCCGAGCCCUACGAAAGCCACCAGCUGUUCGGAGACACAGCCAAUUACUACUGCAAGGACGGGUACACCGCCAGCAAUAACUCUAAGAUGGUGUGUAAUGCUCAAGGCGUAUGGGCGCCCCCUGAUGGCAUGGAGGCUCCUCGCUGUAUCGCAAGCUUCUGCCUACGCCCACCUGACCUGCUCCAUGCCAUUUUAGAUUCAGUCAACAAAGCCAAAUAUGCUAGUAACACUGAACUGAGUUAUAAAUGCGAGGAGGGUUUCAUGCUCAACACCACGGCCACGCUCCGAUGCCUGAUGGGAGGGACGUGGGAGCCUUCACCGUUCGAGAUCAGCUGUGUGCCUGUGAGAUGCUCCAAGCCUGAGAGCAUCGAGCGGGGUUAUGUGAGGGGAACCAACUACAGUUUUGGAGCUAUGGUGGCGUACAGCUGCGAGACAGGCUUCCUGAUCCGAGGGGAGAAGAGGAGGACCUGUAAAGCUAAUGGAGAAUGGGGAGGAGUUCUGCCAACCUGUGUACCCGUGUCCUGUUCUUCCCCUCCAUUACUCAGGAAUGGAUACAUCCAGGUCAGAGGUCGGUACACUUUCAGCAGCAAGGUAAUGUAUGCUUGCAACACAGGCUACAGACUGGUUGGACAACAGGAGAGAUUUUGUCAAGCCAACCGACAGUGGUCCAACAUUGACCCUCCCAGCUGUAUCCUCUUGACCUGUGACCCUCCUCCUGUCAUCGUCCAUGGACAUUACAAGGGCUCUGAGUUUCAGGUGGGCCGCAAAGUGGAAUAUUUCUGCGAUGAGGGUUAUGAGCUGGUUGGGGAAGCUAUCUGGACCUGUCUCAAAAACGGAAGAUGGGAUAAGCCGAGGUCUCCACGCUGCUCUCCAGUUAAAUGUCCAGAGCCACCAUUGGAAGAGAACCAUCUGGUCCUGAAGGGAGUAGACUCUGAAACUGGAACAGUGGAGCUGUCCUGCGAGGAGGGCUACAUCCUAAAGGGGGCUCAUAUUCUUCACUGCACCCCAUCUCAGGAGUGGAAUGACACCUUUCCAUUGUGUAAGCAAGUGUCUUGUGGACCACCGCCUGAAGUGACAUUUGGUGGCCCUUCCUUAGCAUCUCCACCAUUCCCUUUUGGCUCUGUGCUGGCAUACACUUGCAUGGAUGGUUUUACUUUCAGAAGAGAAGAUUCUGUCUCCUGUUUAUCCAGCGGGCAGUGGAGCACACCUCCAGAAUGUAUCCCAGUUGAAUGUCCUCAGCCUGUGGAGGUUUCAAAUGGUAUUGUUGAUGUCCAAGGCCUGAUGUACCUCAGCAAAGCACUAUACACAUGUAGGACUGGAUAUAAUUUAGUAGGCAACACCACUGUCCUCUGUGGAGAGAGGGGUAUUUGGAUCGGUGGUGUGCCUUCUUGCCGCCCUAUUGAAUGCUCCAUCCCUAAACAGAUAGCCCAUGGGAAAGUGGUUUACAGGAAACUCCAGUUUGGUCAUAGUGCAACCUACUCUUGCCGUCGUGGUUACCGCCUGCAAGGCCCAGAGGCUCUGAAGUGUCUGGCAAAUAGGGAAUGGGACUCAGAACCACCUGCUUGUGUGCAGAUUUCCUGUACGUCACCACAACCAAUUGAAAAUGGUUUUGUGGAGGGACAAGAUCACAGUUUUGGUGUCACCAUUUUCUACAGCUGUUUUCCUGGCUUCCAGCUUGUAGGCCACGACCAUUUAACCUGUGAGGAGUUUGGCUGGUCAAGCUCUGUUCCUGCAUGCGUGCCAUCAGACUGUGGCCUGCCUCCUCACAUUGACUUUGGGGACUACGUCAGGGUGACAGAUCUGGGAGGUGGAUCCAGUUCUGCCGCAAAAGGCACAGAAACAGAUGGACACUUGGAUUUGAACUUCCUACAUAGGACGCUGAUUGAGUACCGUUGUCACAAAGGUUACGACAUUACCAGCCACACAAGGCUGGUGUGUCAGGAGGAUGGGGGAUGGAAUGGGACAGCCCCAUCAUGUGUCCCUGCAGAGUGUGAAACACCCCCCAGUCCACAGCAUGGCUGGGUGAAUGUGACCGAUGCGUCAUCGGGCAGUAUAGUCAGAUAUUCUUGUGAGGAGGGACAUGAGCUAAAGGGGGAUUCUGUGAGGCAGUGUGUAUCAGGCCAGCUGUGGACAAGUGAUGCCCCAGUGUGUCGACCUGUGUCCUGUGGCAAUCCAGGAUCCAUCCCUAAUGGCACAGCUCAUGGAGGGGAUUUUGUUUAUCCCGAGGUUUUGCAUUUUGAGUGUACUGCUGGGUUCGUCCUCAAAGGCAGGGACACUAUAACCUGCCAGGCAGAUGGAAAGUGGAGUGGGCCGAAACCACAAUGUGAGCCAGUGUCCUGCGGUCCUCCACAAGUCCCCAGUGAUAUUAACUUUGAGGGCAGAGAGUAUAUGUAUAAUAAUGAAAUUGAACUGAGCUGUCAGCCGGGUUUCAUGUUGGAAGGAAAGUCUGUUAGUGUUUGCCAGGCUGAUGGGACCUGGAGCCACGAGUCUCUCACCUGUGUGCGAGCCAGUUGUGGGAAACCUACUCCAAUACAUCAUGGGUAUGUGCUAGUGAUAGGGCCAGAGUUUACCUACAAAAGUGUGGUUAAGUAUGAAUGUAAAGAAGGAUACAAGAUCAAUGGAGACCCUAUGCUUGCUUGUCAGUCAGAUGGACUUUGGGAUAAACCACCACCCCGCUGUGACAAAAUUAUCUGCGACCCACCUGAGGACAUCAGUCAUGGCUUUCUGAAUGGCUCCAGCUUCUACUAUGACGAUGUGGUGGAGUAUGUCUGCUUUGAUGGCUAUGUGGUGGUUGGAGAUCCCAUCCUGCAGUGCUCCUCUCAGGGUCUUUGGGUGGGUACUGUGCCUCAGUGCCACCCUUGUGUCUGUGCCCUGCCAUCGUUCAAAUUUGGAGUUGUUCUUGGAAAUAACAAUGCCUGCGGGGACACAGUGAACUUCCAGUGUGAAGGAGGCUACAGGCGGCUGGGUCCCUCUCAAGCAACAUGUGAGAAGGGAGGGGUGUGGAGCCCCGGGGUGCCCGUGUGUGGCCGUGGGAGAUGCAGUGUCGCCCCACCUGAUGUUCCUAACGCCAUCUUGCUGGGUGGCAUUGCCACCUUCCCAGACACAGCUAUAUACAAAUGUCGACCUGGCUACCUGCAAAGGGGGUCCCAGCACAUCUCCUGUGGAAGAGACGGCAGGUGGGGGGAACCCAGGAUCCGCUGUGAGCCUGUGAGCUGUGGAAAACCACCUGUAGUAGCUCACGCCCAGGUGACGGGAGAUAUCUUCACCUUCCCAAAUAAGAUCACAUACAGGUGUGAGGAUGGUUACAAACUUGGCACAGAGACAGAUGCUCUGUCCUGCAAGAGUGACGGUACCUGGUCCAAACACAGCAUUAAGUGCCAGGCCACCCCCUGCCCUCUACCAACCAAUGUAUCCACCCCCAAUCUGGUAAUCAGUGGGUGGGAGCUCACCCCAGUUGGGGGCACCAUCACCUUCUCAUGCCCUCCUGGCUUCUACCAGCAGGGCUCACCCAUUGCAAGGUGUCAGUUGGGUGGAAGCUGGGCUCCAAGUCUCGCCUCAAUUUCCUGUGAGAUUGAGGUCUGUGAGAAACCUCUUUCACUUCUUCACGGUGUGAUUGAGGGUGAAGGAUACAACUAUGGAGCCGUUGUGCUGUACUCCUGCCUGCCCGGAUAUGAAAUGAAGGGAGACUCUAUCCAGACCUGCCAGGCAGACAGAACAUGGAGCGGGAAGCAGCCAGUGUGUGUUGAAAGCUCAGCGCAUUCCUGCGGGCCUCCUCCCUCAGUCAAAAACGCUCAGCUCCAGAUGACAGGAGAGAUAAUACAUAACGUCAGCUAUGUGUGCAGUGCUGGGCUGCAGCUUCUUGGUCCAAAGACCCUCACCUGUCUGGCCAAUGGUACAUGGAGCCAGCCAGCACCUACGUGUGAAGUGGCCAGAGGCUGUGACAAUCCUAAGCAGCUGCUACAUGGGAAAGUGCAAGAGCACAACCUGAACACUGGCCGUGCACUGCAGUUUCAGUGUGAUCAAGGCUACAGCCUGGUGGGAGACUCUUUGGUGGUGUGUAUGGGGGGCAACGCCUGGAGUUCCCCUUUCCCAACCUGCCAGCCAAAGCCUUGCCCAUCUCCUCCAGGGAGCAGGAACAUGGGGUCCCAGCAACAGUUUCACGUCGGUCAGUCAGUUCCAAUUACCUGCCCGAAGGGGCAGCAAGGGAAAGGUAGCGGCACCAUCACCUGCAGGCCAGACCAGACAUGGAGCACUCUUAGCUCUGUUUGUGAGAGGGUGUCCUGUGGCCCCCCCCUCCAUGUGGCCAAUGGCGUGGUGCGGGGGGCAGUGUUCCAGUUCGGGGACGUGGCAGUGUAUUCAUGUUUUGGCGGCUACGCCAUGGAGGGCGUUGGAAGGAGCAGGUGUCAGGAGAACGGCACCUGGACGCCGCCUCCCACAUGCAGAGCGGUGUGUUGGCUGCAGUGCCAGAAUGGAGGCAUGUGUCAGCGGCCCAACACUUGCGCCUGUCCAGAGGGCUGGAUGGGUCGAAUAUGUGAGGAACCUAUCUGCAUCCUUCCCUGCCUCAACGGAGGCCGCUGCGUGGCACCAUACCAGUGCGAGUGUCCUACUGGGUGGACUGGGACACGCUGUCACACUGCCGUGUGUUCGUCACCUUGUUUGAACGGAGGAAGAUGCAUCAGACCGAACAGAUGUAGCUGCAGUCCCGGCUGGAGUGGACACGACUGCUCCAGGAAGAGGAAGUCGGUAUACUACCAUUUCUGAAGUUCAGCUCGCUUUCAUGUGAAUUAUCUUAUGAAGGGUAUUCUUGUAUAGUUAACUGACAUUUGUAAACCAUUCACUCAUCUCUGCAGAAGUAAAUCAAGAACCAUUUUGUAAAAUAAAGCUGUAUUUUUUCAAAUAAAAGACUCAACAGUAUUAAACAUUUGCUGCUAUAUGUAUGAUGUGUAAAAACUAUUGAUGUGAUGGUCCAAUGUAUAUGUGUAAACUAUUCUCACGUUUUUAUUAAAGCACAAAAUACCAUUAAAAAAUAUUUUCGAAUGUUUUACUUCGUAUCAGUCAGCUUUCGUCAUGUUUAAUGAUUUUAAAAACAAUA